GAAGUAGAGCAGGCAAGAUGGCGGCUGCCCCGGCGGGUGUGGGCCGCCUCGAGGAAGAAGCGCGACGGAGAAAAGAACGGCUGAAAGCCCUACGGGAGAAAACGGGGCGUAAGGACAAGGAUGGGGAACCAAAGACCAAGCAGCUCAGAGAAGAGGAGGAGGAAGGCGAGAAGCACAGGGAACUGAGGCUGCGCAAUUACGUCCCUGAGGACGAGGAUCUGAAAAGGAGGAGGGUACCCCAGGCCAAACCCGUGGCAGUGGAGGAGAAGGUGAAGGAGCAGCUGGAGGCGGCCAAGCCCGAGCCUGUCAUUGAAGAAGUGGAUCUGGCUAAUCUUGCACCGAGGAAGCCUGAUUGGGACCUUAAGAGAGAUGUGGCCAAGAAACUGGAGAAACUUGAAAAGAGGACCCAGAGAGCCAUCGCUGAGCUGAUCCGUGAGCGGCUCAAAGGCCAGGAGGACAGCCUGGCCUCAGCCGUGAAUGCCCCCACAGGACAGGAGGCCUGCGACUCCGACUGAGGCCGGCCCUGGCUCCAUCUCUCCAACCAGGCCGGUCCCGUGGGAGGAGCACGGAGGGCAGGGUGAGGCGGGAACUGGCCGUCCACCACCUCUACUCUUCCUGCCCUGAGCCAGGCCCCUGCAGGAAAGAACCCCUCGCGGAGCGAGGUCAGCUGGUCUCCCCAGGGUCGGAGCCAGCCCCAGCUCUGGGCGGGCCUGCAUCUGUACAUAUAUGUACAUUCUGAUUGCUUUUUUUAACCUCUGGAAAGAGAGAAAAGUCAACCCACACAUGUGGUAGAAGCCAGUGAAGUGUGUUCUGGUGUCUGGGAUGCUUUAAGGCAAGAAAGCCACAGAAGCGAUGCUUAGCAUGGCUCCUGCUAGAGGCUAGAUGUCUGCUAGUGUUUGUGUGUGUGUGUGUGUGUGUGUCUGGAAGACACCAGUGGCUCACACUUAGCUAUACUCAGGAGGCUGA